GCUGGUUUCCGGUCGAGCGGAUUGAAAAUGGAGGAGAUCGGGAUCUUGGUGGAGAAAACUCAGGAUGAGCUUCCUGCUCUCUCUAUUUCCAGACCUCAGACUGGCCUCUCCUUCCUAGUUCCUGAAGCUGAGGAUGUUGAGGAUCUAUAUAGCCGAUACAAAAAACUCCAGCAGGAGCUGGAAUUCCUGGAGGUCCAGGAAGAAUACAUCAAGGACGAGCAGAAAAAUCUUAAGAAGGAAUUUCUGCAUGCUCAGGAAGAGGUGAAACGUAUCCAGAGCAUCCCACUGGUCAUUGGCCAGUUCCUGGAGGCAGUGGAUCAGAACACAGCCAUUGUUGGUUCUACCACAGGCUCCAAUUACUACGUCCGAAUCUUGAGCACCAUUGACCGUGAACUGCUGAAGCCCAAUGCUUCUGUGGCCCUGCACAAACACAGCAAUGCGUUGGUGGAUGUGUUGCCUCCUGAGGCUGAUAGCAGUAUUAUGAUGCUGACUUCAGAUCAGAAACCGGAUGUGAUGUACGCUGACAUUGGUGGGAUGGAUAUUCAGAAGCAAGAAGUCCGAGAGGCCGUGGAGCUGCCCCUCACUCACUUUGAACUUUAUAAACAGAUUGGAAUAGAUCCUCCUCGGGGUGUGUUAAUGUAUGGGCCCCCUGGCUGUGGAAAGACUAUGCUGGCCAAAGCUGUGGCCCAUCACACCACAGCUGCUUUCAUUCGGGUGGUGGGGUCUGAAUUCGUGCAGAAGUACCUGGGUGAGGGGCCACGCAUGGUCCGGGAUGUUUUCCGACUGGCCAAAGAGAAUGCCCCGGCCAUCAUCUUCAUCGAUGAAAUUGAUGCCAUUGCCACCAAACGCUUUGAUGCCCAGACUGGAGCGGACAGGGAGGUUCAACGGAUUCUCUUGGAGCUCCUCAAUCAGAUGGAUGGCUUUGACCAGAAUGUUAAUGUCAAGGUGAUAAUGGCUACAAACCGAGCAGACACCCUGGAUCCUGCUUUGCUCCGACCGGGCCGUCUAGAUCGUAAAAUCGAGUUUCCUCUUCCAGAUAGACGCCAAAAACGAUUAAUCUUCUCUACCAUCACCAGCAAGAUGAAUCUCUCUGAGGAGGUGGAUCUGGAAGAUUAUGUGGCAAGGCCGGAUAAGAUCUCGGGAGCUGACAUCAACUCCAUUUGCCAGGAGGCUGGGAUGCUGGCAGUACGGGAGAACCGUUACAUUGUCCUCGCCAAGGACUUUGAAAAAGCCUACAAAACAGUCAUCAAAAAAGAUGAACAGGAACAUGAGUUCUACAAAUAAAGAUAGGAACAGCAGGACCAAAGCUUGGUUUGGUCAUCUCAGUCCUUGGGUUGGAAGGAGGGGCUGUGUUUUUUAUGUGUUCCUGGUAGGCAACAUUUAUCCUGUGAUUUUUUUUUUUUAAACUAUCCAGAAAUGCCACUGUUCCCUUCAGCGGUGGAAAUUGGAGAUGAGUUUGUCUUUAUCUCAUCCCCUCCAUUCCCAUAUGUUCUUGAUCUGCCUAUAUUGUUUUUAUUCUCAGGCCCCAUAGGGAGUAAGGUUUGAAUUGGAUUAACAUUUGCUCCCUUGGAAGAAGGGAGUAUGGGCAGGAAUAGACCUGUCAGCUAUUGUUACACCACAGUUCCAUCGUAUUUGAAAUUUUGUCACAUGGUUGGGGCUUGUGGUUGAUAGUUGAAAGCAAUAGUUGGCCUGUAGAGUGCGUGGGUUCAUAUUGCAUGCUUGGUUCACAUGUUAAAUAUUAGAUCAAAAUCAGUCAAACCUUUUUCUAGCAUUGUGUAAUGCUCAUCUGCAGUUUUCGCAGCUUUUAUAAAUUGGGUUCCACAUUACACUAAGCUAGGUUUUAUUAAACAUGAUUUGAAGAAAUCUCAAUUUAGACCCAUGAAUCCCCACCAAGCCACAUUAUGACUUAAUAAUAUGCUGUAUGAUCUUGAUUAUCAAAGCAUUGAUGACUUGUUAGCAAAUACAGUAAAUGAAGUUUAUUCUUAUGGUCCAGAAAAUAAAAGACUUUUGUGAU